UGUUGUAGCGUUUAUUCUCAAGAUGAAGUUUGAGAAUGUUCUGGCAGUGGUGGACGGCUUUGGGAGAUUCCAACAAAUGAUAAUCCUCAUGAGUGUAAUACCUCGUAUGACUUUGCCUUUUCACUUUUUGCUGAAUAAUUUUGUCGCAAUUAUUCCCUCUCACCACUGCGACAUCAGCUCUCUGGAUGAUGGAGGAUAUUUUGGGAAUUUAUCCCAGGAAGAGAGGCUUAUUGUUGGUAUUCCAGUCCAGGAGGAUGGGACUCCAAACUCCUGUCAGAUGUUUGCAGAGCCUCAGUAUCAUCUGCUGCUGAACUCCUCCAGCAUGACUGAACUACCAACAGUGCCGUGCCAAAAUGGAUGGGUGUACGAUACUUUCAGGUCUUCUCUGGCCACUGAGUGGGAUCUGGUUUGUGAUCAAAGAAAAAUGAACACAGUCACAGCCACUAUCUUCUUCUUGGGGGUCAUGUUUGGAGCAGCAGCGUUUGGCUAUAUUAGUGACAGGUUUGGCAGGAAAAACUCUCUUCUGGUGUCCUAUGUGACAACGAGUCUCUUUGGAUUUACAAGCGCUCUCUCAUAUAAUUUCACCAUGUUUGCUGUCAUGAGGUUCCUGACAGGAUUUGGAAUUGCCGGAAUAAGUAUAACCAGCAUCGUCCUUUGUAUUGAAUGGGUGGACAUCAAGCAUCGAACUAAAAUUGGUGUCUUAAUGAGUCUGGACUGGAGUAUUUUUACGGCUCUGCUUCCUGUUAUGGCCUAUUUUGUGAAUGACUGGAGGGUCCUCACUGCCAUAGCAACCUCCCCGCUGAUUCUGGCAAUGAUUUCUUGGUGGUGGCUCCCUGAGUCUGCCAGAUGGCUGAUAAGUAAUGGAAAGGUAGAAGCUGCUCAUUUUUACUUGAGAAAGUGUGCAAAAGUGAACGGCAGAGAGCAGUUCAUGGCUGACUUAAAGCCCGAGAGUCUGUCGAAGGUAAUACUUGUGGAAAAUGAAAACAGAACAUAUUCCUAUUUGGACCUUGUGAGGACCCCCAGAAUGAGGAGACUGGCUAUACUCACUGCCAUUGUCUGGUUUGGAGUGGCCUGCCCGUAUUACGGAAUCAUUUUCAAUGUCUCUGGAUUUGGUUUGAACAUCUAUAUCACACAGUUGAUCUACGGCUUGAUUGAACUUCCAGCCAAAGCAUUAAUCUAUUUUGCUAUGAACAAAGUAGGCCGAAGGUCGAGUCAGGGUGGAGCGCUUGUUCUGACUGGACUGUGUAUAUUUUGCAACAUGUUUGUCCCUCAAGAUAUGGGGCUCUUUCGGACAGCUGUGGGAGCUUUGGGCAAGAUGUUUUCAGAGGCAUCUUUCACAUGUGUAUAUCUGUACACAACAGAGCUUUACCCCACAGUAAUGAGGCAAAAUGGAUUGGGGUACAGCUCCUUCAUGGGCCGUGUAGGCGUGUCUGUUUCUCCCCUCAUCAUCCUCCUUGAAGAAGUGUGGAGCCAUUUACCGAGUACCAUAUUCUCUCUGGUGGCGGUCACUGUAGGGCUGACAUGUUAUUUUCUUCCUGAGACACAAAACAUCCGUUUACCAGAGACCAUUGAAGAGGUGGAAAACCCAAGAAGGAGAUCAAUCUCCGCAUCUGAUGAAAAAUCACAACCCUGAACAAGUGCAAACAAAGGCCCAAAGUUGCCGGGCAUAUAAGUGUUGGUAGUAUGUUUUUGAAGUGGUUUCUUUUGAAUAAUCGCAACCUAUAUAUCUUUCUUAAAAAUAAUAUUUUAAUAAAUGUGCUGUGUUUAAGAAUCCCACACAGGAUAAUAUAAAUUAAACAAGCCAGAUUCUCAGAGGCAAGGCGUGGCAGGAUAUGUUUGUCUGCAGGUGCAAUAGUUAGACAGUCUGUGAGAACGGAUAUGAAGGGUUAGAGUUGUCAACUGCCAUGUGGUCUCCAUUGUUCCCACAAAUUCAUCCAUCUUUCCAAAAUAGCAUUCACUGUUUUAUAUGAUAUGCACAACUCAUACAUUUUUUGCUAAACGCUAUACUCGUUUUUUCAUUCCUGAAUAACUAAUAAGUGUGAUGGAAACUUCUGGAUUAAUGGAGACGAAACUCUGAGAGACACAGGGAGAGCUGGAGCUUUGAUGGCAAACACUGAAGGUUUAUUAUGAAGUUAACGGCCGGAGAACUGACAAGACAUGUGCUGCAGCCACGAGGUGACACAGCAGUAGCCAAACCAAUUCUGAAGAUCUCCACCUCAGACCCAUGUAUUUAGCUGGUUCUGAGAGAAUAAUCAACUUUGUGCAUAACAAGAUAAAACAGGCAAAGCACUAUAACACCUCUAUCAGCUGACGCCAACAGGCAGGAAUAAGGAGACAAAACACUGAGAGCACAGCACCUAAGGUUGCAAGCCUGUGCUCAGUGAGGGCAGUACAAACUGAUAAACUGGGUCAAAGGAAAAUAUUUCCCCAACAAUAAGUAGUAAACAAAUAUUUAAUUGAUAAAGAAUUUGAUUAUGUUGCAUGUGUGUGAAAAAUAUUAAGGUCACUUUAUUAUUUUUGAUAGUCCUUUAUGUGUAAUCACUCUAUAUCAUCAAAUGAAGGUAUAAAAUG